AUGGGGGUGAAAUCUGAUAUCAUUAACUUCCCGGUGUCCUCCUGUCUCUCACCCACGGACAAGAGUCUGGAGUUUGACCGCGACUUCCGCAUCCGCCAUUACGCAGGAGAUGUGGUGUACUCAGUGGUGGGUUUCAUUGAUAAGAACAAAGACACUCUGUUCCAGGAUUUCAAGAGGCUGCUGUACAACAGCUCUAACCCAGUAUUGAAGUGCAUGUGGCCUGAAGGCAAACUGAGAAUCAAUGAGGUCACCAAACGGCCACUAACUGCUGCAACGCUCUUCAAAAACUCCAUGAUCAUGUUGGUGGAGAACCUGGCCUGCAAGGAACCCUACUAUGUGCGCUGCAUCAAGCCCAACGAGGUGAAGUCGCCUCUCCUGUUCGAGCAGGAGCGCUGCCGCCACCAGGUGGAGUACCUCGGGCUGCUGGAGAACGUCAGAGUGCGGCGUGCCGGCUUCGCCUACAGACAGACCUACCCUCGCUUCCUACAGAGGUACCUGCCACAUAUUAAUCACUCUUAG